GGGAAGACGGAGAUCACCGGCUCAAUUGAGUGACUUUUCCCGGCGCUUGUCUGGGAGCUUGGAACGAUGCUUAGUCGAGGAGCUUUGCUGGCUGCAAUUGGCCCUAUCGCCACACAGGUACCGGCAUUCUGCUCUGCGGCAGUUCGAUACGCAUCAUCUACCGUUUCUUCAUCUCGCAGUCCUUACGCUCUCGAUUCACGGGCUCCAACCGAUCGACUAGCCACAGGUCGCCCAAAGCCGCGCGCUUUUGAUCCUGCUGUACCACCACAAGCCCUUACACUUCCCCAGCAACAUCCUAGAAUCCAUGGAAUCCCAGUCGCUAUUCUUCAUAUUCGUGCCUUUCAUCAUGAACUCCUUACCCUCUUCAUACACUUUUCACUUCAUGCGGCUUAUGCUCUUGGGAUGCCGGUCUCACGAGCCGUCUCGCUACCCACUCAACGGUCCCUCUAUACUGUUCUUCGUGGGCCAUUCGUCCAUAAGAAGUCCCAAGAGAACUUCGAAAGAGUUGUUCACAAGCGAGCAAUAAAAGUCUGGGAUACGGAUCCGGACGUACUAUCCAAGUGGAUCCGUUAUCUUGAAAUUAACAUGAUGCCAGGCAUUGGUAUUAGGGUUGUUAGGUGGGAGCGUGCAGAAGUUGGAUUUGGUGCCAAGAAGCUACAGGGGAUACGGGACGCGCAGUCGGAAUUAUUUAAAUCGCGGGAAAAGUUUGAUUUGGAUACAAGCUCGGGUCGAGUCAAAGCGCUCGCAGACCAGAUUAUAAAGGCAGAAAUGGCUUCCGCUGCCGCUGCUGAAGCCGAAUCGGCAUCAUUUCAAUCUGGACCUGCUUCAUGGCUGGAGUUUCCGCCAAAUGAUAACUACCCUUCAUCUUCAGAAGUAGAGUCACCCGCCACGCUAUCAACCCAACAAUCCUCGCCCCCAGACAUACAUUCUAAUUCUGAUUCACCGACCGCCACCCCUGAAUCAUCAUUAUCGCAAGAAUCUGCAAGCUCAUAAGCGCUACGUCAACUCUUCAUUGCUCGUGACAGUGGUGGUGCACGACUUAUUAUCUAAACCUGUCUAGACGAUGUCCUGAAUGCAAU